AUGGGUCCAUCAGAUGUAUCAGGAGUUGCUUUAAUUCUUAUCAAUCUAAUUGGAUUUGAAAAUUAUGGAAUUUGGAGUCGAUCAAUGAGAAUCGCAUUGUUAGGGAAAAGGAAGUAUGACUUUGUGACUGGAGCCUGUAGUAAGUCAUUGUGCAAUGAAAAAUUGCGUGAACAAUGGGAGAUGUGCGACGCAAUAGUACAGUCAUGGCUGAUGAGUUCUAUUAAUGAAGAACUUCUAAGCGGGAUUGUGUAUGCAACAAGUGCUUUUGAUGUAUGGGAAGAUCUAAGAGAACGAUUUGACAAAAUGAAUCGGAUGAGACUCUAUCAACUGCAUAGAGAGAUCAAUACGCUUACACAAGGAACUGAUUCAGUGUCUGCCUACUUGACAAAGUUGAAGAAUCUGUGGAAUGAGUAUGAUGCUAUUAUUCCAGCCCCAACUUGCUCGAAGGAGAAAUCUGAUCCAGUGGCAAUGCAGGUGAAUAGGACCUUGGACAACAAUCAUAAUCAAGGCUAUAAAGGGAAGAAGUUGUUUAUUGUCAUUACACUGGGCACACUAGAGAAAAUUGCUAUAAGUUGA